AUGGGUGGAUGGACCGCUGACACGGGACUGUAGAAUAGGUCUUGUGAAAGAGUGACUGUCGGCCCGAGGGCGCAGGAGGAGGAUGUGCCCGCCGCACGGAGCGAGGGGAGGGAGUCUGCACGGAGCCCGCUAACUGACCCCCGGCUGCUCUUUGCGCACCUUGACAGCGACGCGCUCCUGCCUGCGCUGGUUGGCUUCGCUUUGCGGUUCUUAGUGCGUGUGCUUCGGUGAAUGAACUUGGCGAUACGUUGUAAAUGAUUCGCGACCUGAGCAAGAUGUACCCCCCGGCACGGCACCCGGUUUCCCACCAGCCGGGACAGCCGUUUAAGUUCACCGUCACCGAGUCGUGUGACCGGAUCAAGGAGGAGUUCCAGUUCCUCCAAGCCCAGUAUCACAGUCUGAAGCUGGAGUGUGAGAAACUGGCCAGUGAGAAGACGGAGAUGCAGAGACACUAUGUCAUGUACUAUGAAAUGUCGUAUGGACUCAACAUUGAGAUGCACAAGCAGGCAGAGAUUGUCAAACGGCUAAACGCUAUCUGUGCCCAGGUCAUCCCCUUCCUCUCCCAGGAGCAUCAGCAGCAGGUGGUGCAGGCGGUGGAGCGGGCCAAGCAGGUCACCAUGCCUGAACUCAAUGCCAUCAUUGGACAACAGCUCCAGGCUCAGCAUUUGUCCCAUGGCCACGCUCUACCUGUACCCCUCACACCCCACCCGGCAGGCCUGCAGCCCCCUCUGCCCCCCGGGGCGGGCACUGCCAGCCUCCUGGCCCUCUCCUCGGCUCUGGGGCAUCAGCUGCCACUCAAAGAUGAAAGAAAGCACCAUGACAACAGCAACGAACAUCAGAAAGACAGAGACUCGGUCAAGAGCUCAUCGGUGUCCCCGUCGGCCAGUUUCCGAACUGCAGAGAAACACCGCAGCUCGAGCGAUUAUUCUUCUGACACCAAGAAACAGAAGACGGACGAUAAAGAGCUGGCCUCCACACGCUAUGACAGCGACGCAGAUAAGAGUGACGACAACUUGGUCGUGGAUGUCUCCAACGAGGAUCCGGUCUCCCCCAGAGGAAGUCCCGUCCACUCCCCCCGCGAGAACGGAUUGGACAAGAACCGUCUCUUGAAGAAAGACCCGCCUCUUAGUCCCUCUUCCGUCGCCUCCUCCAGUAGCACGCCUUCGUCCAAGUCCAAAGAGAUUAAUUUGAGAAGAGUUGAGAUUCCGGUUCCUUCCAGGAUCCAUCCUGAGAUAAACAGAUGUGAAAAUGAUUCCCCCUCUGGUGACACAGAGUGCUUCUCUGAUGAGGACUUCCUUUCUUUUGUUGGUUUGUUUUUGGGGUCUUUUUUCAUCCAGAAUGAGAAGUCCAGUACGCCUGUAUCCAAGUCCAGCACCCCCACCCCACGUUCAGAUGCCCCCACCCCCAGCAGCACCUCCACCCCGGGUCUGAGACAAACACCCAGCAAACCACCUGGGGUGGAGUCCCUGGUGCCGGGCCUUCGUACCCCGCUGGCAGUGCCCUGCUCCUACCCGGGCCCUUUCGGCAUGGUGCCCCACCCUGGCAUGAACGGAGAGCUGGGGGGUGUGGGGGCAGCCUAUGCUGGCCUGCACACCAUCUCCCCGCAGAUGAGCGCUGUUGCCGCUGCCGCUGUGGCAGCAUAUGGACGCACGCAAGUGGUGGGGUUUGAUCCACACCACCACAUCCGUGUUCCCGGCCUUCCUCCCAACCUUUCAGGCAUUCCUGGUGGAAAACCAGCCUACUCCUUCCAUGUGAGCGCUGACGGACAGAUGCAGCCGGUGCCUUUUCCUCCCGAUGCGCUGAUCGGGCCUGGCAUCCCGCGCCACGCACGCCAGAUCAACACGCUCAGCCACGGGGAGGUGGUGUGUGCCGUCACCAUCAGUAACCCCACGCGUCAUGUUUACACCGGGGGGAAAGGCUGUGUCAAGGUGUGGGACAUCAGUCACCCCGGCAACAAGACCCCCGUCUCCCAGCUGGACUGCCUGAACAGAGAUAACUACAUACGUUCUUGCCGCCUUCUUCCGGAUGGGCGUACGCUCAUCGUGGGAGGCGAGGCGAGCACCUUGUCAAUCUGGGAUUUGGCCACGCCUACACCACGGAUCAAGGCGGAGCUGACCUCGUCGGCACCAGCGUGCUACGCCCUCGCCAUCAGCCCGGACUCCAAGGUCUGCUUCUCCUGCUGCUCUGACGGAAACAUCGCCGUCUGGGACCUCCACAACCAGACGCUGGUCAGGCAGUUCCAGGGCCACACGGAUGGGGCCAGUUGUAUAGACAUCUCCAAUGACGGGACCAAACUGUGGACGGGAGGCCUGGAUAACACGGUCCGAUCCUGGGACUUGAGAGAGGGGAGGCAACUUCAACAGCAUGACUUCACCUCCCAGAUCUUCUCCCUGGGAUACUGUCCGACGGGCGAGUGGCUGGCGGUGGGGAUGGAGAAUAGUAAUGUGGAGGUUUUGCACGUCACCAAACCAGACAAGUACCAGCUCCACCUGCACGAGAGCUGCGUGCUUUCACUCAGAUUCGCCCACUGUGGGAAGUGGUUUGUAAGUACAGGAAAAGACAAUCUGCUCAAUGCUUGGAGAACACCCUACGGUGCCAGCAUCUUCCAGUCGAAGGAGUCGUCCUCAGUGCUGAGCUGCGACAUCUCUGUGGACGAUAAAUACAUUGUGACUGGCUCAGGAGACAAGAAGGCGACUGUCUAUGAGGUCAUCUACUAGACGACAUGCCGUCAGCCAACAUCGAAAAACAUCCACCCACCCAAGCACUUUGUGAUAUCCACAUUCCUGUGUCUGUUUUUUUCUGUUUUCUUUUUCCUUCGUGUCAAAAAGGAUUUGUAUAUGCAUCAAACCAACUAAGCUGAUUCUGUCGUGGACUUUGACCUUUUGACCUCUGGGCUGAUGUGGAUUGGAGCAGACAAGCACUUGUUUUUUUUUUGUUGCUUGUUUGUUUUUUGUCAAUAACUUUUUCUUGCUGUUGUGAAAAUGAGAGAGACCCUCCCUGCAGUGGCUCUGCAAUGGACCUUAGCAAUGUGCAGAUAUCAUUUAAUUAAUUUAAAGGUGUACUACACCAUGUAAAACUGUUACCCUGUCAUCCGUCAUCCCUACCGCACACCUCACCACAGUAUCAAGAGAGGUGCAAGGACAUAAGUCAUGUAGAUUAAAGGUAAAAGAGAAGCUGUCUCUAUCCAUCACCCCCAGUCAGCCCUGCUUGCCCUUUACUGAACUAGCUCUGAAGACAGCCUCUCUCUCACCCGGCUGACAGAGAGAGCGUCAUUUCAACCAGCCAGCGUCACGGAAAACGAGAUCACGUUAGAUGAGCUGUCAA